AUGGCUGAUGCUGAUGAUAUUCAACCCCUUGUGUGCGACAAUGGUACCGGAAUGGUCAAGGUAACUACUCAGGGAUUCAUCUUCCCGGCUUUUGCUAUCUUCUUAUGGUACUAAAGUUAAUCCACAAUAAAACGUCUUAUCUCGUUAAAAAAAUUAUGGGUUAUAUGCUAUACGUUUCUGGUUCGAUUCACACACGUACGAGAGGUCUAAUGCGCACCUGCUAUAGUAUCCACAGCAUAAUAUGGGUAUCGUCACUGUUGAAAUAUUCAUGAAAAUGGGGAGCCCAAGAAGACCGAGGAAAAGUUUCAAUGGUGCGGAUGUCUUGAAAUAUGGAGCGAAAUUUCUUUGCAGAAUCAUGUGCAAUAAACUUACCUUGGUGUCCUUUUUUUUCAGGCUGGAUUUGCUGGAGAUGAUGCCCCAAGGGCUGUUUUUCCUAGCAUAGUGGGUCGCCCUCGUCACACUGGUGUGAUGGUUGGCAUGGGACAGAAGGAUUCAUAUGUUGGGGAUGAGGCCCAAUCCAAGCGUGGAAUUCUGACCCUGAAGUAUCCAAUUGAGCACGGGAUUGUCAGCAACUGGGAUGACAUGGAGAAGAUUUGGCAUCACACUUUCUACAACGAGUUGCGUGUUGCCCCGGAAGAGCACCCAGUGCUCCUUACUGAGGCUCCCCUCAAUCCCAAGGCCAAUCGUGAGAAGAUGACCCAGAUCAUGUUUGAGACAUUCAACACUCCUGCUAUGUAUGUUGCAAUUCAGGCCGUUCUCUCUCUCUAUGCCAGUGGUCGCACAACAGGUAUUGAAAAUCUAUCACUCCGGGUCUGUAGCCAUAUUGAUCUGAAAUUGUGUGUACUUGGCUGUUUUUGAUCUUGAAGUAGGAGCUCUUGUCAUUAAUGCUUUUGUGUAUAUUUGUCUCAGUAUUCUUGUACAUCUGAAGUCUCUCAAGGAUUACUUAUGUGAACCAAGUUUAUGUUUUCUUCAUUUAUGGAACUCCUGUUCUCCUUUUUUUCAUUUUUAGGAUUUGCUUCGAAGAUUUGAAAUGUUUUUUUUUUGCCAGAAAAAGUAAAAUAAUAUAUAUAUAUAUAUAUAUUGAAUUUGGGAUUGUAGUCUUGAUCUCUAUGAUUUGACUUCAACUAUGAAGUAUAAUGGAUUAAAUAUCCCCUGGUCUGUUAAAGUCAAUGCGAGCUGUUCUUGCUCAUAACAGGAAAAGUAAGCCUACUGUGUCAGUGUUUAUAAAGAUUAGAAAGGGUUUCAUUCGUUUGAGCUCUGGUUUGGCAUUGUCUUGAUGAUCUGUCUCGAUGGAUGGACGACGGAAGCUUAUGGCGGUGUGUGAAUGAAUAGGUAUUGUGCUGGACUCGGGGGACGGGGUCAGCCACACGGUUCCAAUCUACGAAGGAUAUGCGCUGCCGCACGCCAUCCUCCGCCUUGAUCUGGCCGGGCGUGAUCUGACGGACGCCCUCAUGAAGAUCCUCACCGAGCGCGGGUACUCGUUCACCACCACGGCCGAGAGGGAAAUCGUGCGGGACAUCAAGGAGAAGCUGGCCUACAUCGCCCUGGACUACGAGCAGGAGCUCGAGACGGCCAAGACGAGCUCCUCCGUGGAGAAGAGCUACGAGCUGCCCGACGGGCAGAUCAUCACCAUCGGCGCGGAGCGUUUCCGCUGCCCGGAGGUGCUCUUCCAGCCGUCAAUGAUCGGGAUGGAAGCCGCCGGUAUCCACGAGACCACCUACAACUCCAUCAUGAAGUGCGACGUCGACAUAAGGAAGGACUUGUACGGCAACAUCGUGCUGAGCGGCGGCUCCACCAUGUUCCCCGGCAUCGCCGACAGGAUGAGCAAGGAGAUCACGGCGCUGGCCCCCAGCAGCAUGAAGAUCAAGGUGGUGGCCCCGCCCGAGAGGAAGUACAGCGUCUGGAUAGGCGGAUCCAUCCUGGCCUCUCUCAGCACCUUCCAGCAGGUGAGUGAGGACGCACAUCAACAUUAAAUCAAUUCUUCUCUCUCUCUCUCUCUCUCUUCAACAACGCCUCCCCUCUUUUCUAGAUGAUGUCUCAAGGUGGGUGUGCUUCUUUCUGUGUAGAUGUGGAUCUCGAAGGCGGAGUACGACGAGUCGGGCCCGGCAAUUGUCCACAGGAAGUGCUUCUGA